CAAAGGGAGCCUCAAACACUGCAGGCCGCUGGACUGGCACCUCCUCUGACAUCCUCUCACUUUGCAUAACACCUGCCAAGGAAGGCCGAUCACCUGACAGAGAAGCCCAGCGAGCGCAGGGGACAACACAGCGGACACCUUUGCUUACACAUUGUGCAUCAUCAGAGGCUGCCCGUCACAAUGGAUUUCUCCCCCAUCUGUAUACCUUCUCAUUUCACAAUGAAGCCUACAGAGAAACCCUGCAUACCUAGCUAGCAAUUAAUUUAAAUCUCCUUCCCUUUGGAACUUUUAGAUCUGAACUAAAGGGCUCUUCUAUUUUUUAUUGUGGUAGUAAUUUAUUUAUAAAAACAUAUUACCUCAUAAGUUACUGUUAAACCGCAGGGGGGAAAGAGAAAAAAAAGUGGCUUGGAAUAAGAGUGAUUGUGACAAAAACUUAGUUAUAUUGUGAGAAGCGAUGGAUACAACUACAUUAGCGACCCUGGCUGCUGCCACCACCGUGGCUCUGGCCUCUCAGUCUGACAUGUCGGGCUACCUGUGGCUGCUGGUGCUAGGCUUCAUUAUUGCCUUCAUCCUGGCUUUCUCUGUGGGGGCCAAUGAUGUGGCCAACUCAUUCGGUACAGCGGUGGGCUCUGGUGUGGUCACUUUGCGGCAGGCUUGCAUCUUGGCCACCAUCUUUGAGACCGUGGGCUCGGUCCUGCUGGGGGCCAAAGUAAGCGAGACCAUCCGGAAGGGGAUCAUUGACGUCCGGAUGUACAAUGGCUCGGAACACGUCUUGAUGGCGGGAUCGAUAAGUGCUAUGUGUGGCUCUGCUGUGUGGCAGCUGGCAGCGUCGUUCCUGAAGCUCCCCAUUUCUGGAACCCACUGUAUUGUUGGAGCAACAAUUGGGUUUUCCAUGGUAGCCAGAGGUCACCAAGGGGUGAAAUGGAUGGAACUUCUGCGCAUUGUGGCCUCCUGGUUCCUGUCCCCCGUGCUGUCAGGCAUCAUGUCAGCAAUUCUCUUCUAUUUUGUCCGCAAAUUCAUUCUGAAUAAGACUAAUCCUGUACCCAACGGCCUGCGAGCCCUUCCUAUCUUCUACGCCAUCACGAUGGGCAUCAACCUAUUCUCUAUCAUGUUUACAGGAGCACCAUUGCUGGGGUUUGACAGAGUGCCGUGGUGGGGUACGCUGUGCAUUUCUCUGGGCUGCGCUGCCGUCACAGCCUUGUUCGUUUGGUUUGUCGUCUGUCCCCGCCUCAAGAAGAAAAUCCAAGCACAAACAGCUGCUGCUCCCUGUGCAGCUCCGCUCAUGGAGAGGGACUCCAGCAAACCCGUGCAACCGCAGCAGUCCCCAGUAUCCCAUGCACCCCGACCACAGAGCCCUCCAGCAGACAGUCAGAAGGUGGCUUUUAAACUGGGAGGCUCAGAGGAGACGGAUUUAGACAGCAUAGAUGCAGAAACCAAAGACCUGGACAUCGCCAAUGGUCUGAAUGGGACCGUAGGCCCCAUGGUGAUCACUGAUCCUCACAGUGGUCGGUCCCACACAAUCCACAAAGACUCUGGCCUUUACAAGGACCUGCUGCACAAGCUCCACAUGGCCAAGGUUGGCGAAUGCAUUGGUGACAGCGACACAGAAGAGCGGCCCAUCCGGAGGAACAACAGCUACACCUCCUACACCAUGGCUAUUUACGGAAUUCAAGGAGAUGUCAGGUACAAAGACGGGGACGGUGGGCUGCAGAGGAGACCGAGAGUGGACAGUUACAGCAGCUACAGCUCAGCAGUGUCCAACAGGAGUGCAGCUCUGGACGAGAAUGUGGCCCAAGAAGCUGGCACGGACCUCGCUGGCACGGACCUGGAAGAGGAUGAGCUGGAAGUCGACCAGCCUGCCGUUUCCUCGCUUUUCCAGUUCCUGCAGAUACUCACUGCCUGCUUUGGCUCUUUUGCUCAUGGAGGGAAUGAUGUCAGCAAUGCUAUUGGCCCACUGGUGGCUCUCUGGCUUCUGUAUGAGAGUGGCUCCGUCUUGUCAAGUGCACCGACACCUAUCUGGCUGCUUCUUUACGGUGGAGCCGGCAUCUGCAUUGGACUCUGGGUGUGGGGUCGGAGGGUGAUCCAGACCAUGGGCAAAGAUCUCACCCCUAUUACACCCUCGAGUGGAUUCAGCAUCGAGCUGGCCUCAGCAAUCACAGUUGUGGUGGCAUCCAAUAUUGGCCUUCCUGUCAGCACAACCCACUGCAAGGUGGGAUCCGUGGUGGCCGUGGGAUGGUUACGUUCCCGGAAGUCAGUCGACUGGCGUUUGUUCAGGAAUAUCUUCAUAGCCUGGUUUGUUACUGUUCCGAUCUCUGGGCUGAUCAGCGCUGCCAUCAUGGCUCUCUUCAUCUAUGUUGUUCUCUGAGGCCAGCACUGUCCAGCAACACUCCUACUUGAGUUGAUGGACUGCAGCCAACAAGUUGUUUGACUCUGAUAAAUCCUACGCCAAUAAAAAUGUCCUGUUUGUUCUCCGUUUGCUAAUGAUUUAUAUUAUAUCAUUGAGUCAAGGCAAUUAUUUUAUCUCCCAUGGUCACGUCCUUGAAUUAUGUAGACUCUAAUAACAUUCUUCAGUUAUCCGAAAGACUGUGAUCUUGUAUAUCCUUUUGUAUAUUUGUAUAGAAGCAAUGUUUUCAUCAGAUGAUUCCCUUUUGACUGAAAAAGAACGAGCAGCAGUUGUAUGUUUGGAUAUUUGGAUACAGUAAAAUAUGGAGUUGCUUGAUUUGAUGAUAUUUCGAUGUAUUUUACUCACCAUUAAAGAUUUUCUUUUACAGAAA